AAAACGAAUGUCACGUGAUUUGCUCCCGCCCUAUCAGAGGAAGUCGGAGCGGUGCAUUCUGGUACGGAUUUUGCUUGGAGCUUUGGUUGGCAUCAACAAAAACCGGUUACCGAAGUGCCAGCGAACACACAGCCGCCUCUGCUCCUGCAACAGGCCGUGCCCCGCUCCGUGCACACACAGUUAUACAGCUCAUCCGCUGAUGCUUUCAUGAUGCAGCAUGUUCAUCUAGUACCUGAGGAGGAAGAAGAGGACUUGUAUUCUGGUUACAAUGAAUAUAAUCCCACCUAUGACACCGAGGACUUGGACAAUGAUGUGGCUUUUCAGCAAGCUGUCAAGACAAGCCAUGGGCGACGGCCUCCGAUUACAGCAAAAAUCCCAGGUACUGCUGCCGUGCGCCCCGUUGGAACUGGAUUUGGUCCCAGAGUCAACCUCUCUUCCUCCAUGGGGAGACCUAUGACAGGAGCUGUACAGGAUGGAGUAGCUCGUCCAAUGACAGCCGUUCGGGCAGCUGGGUUCACAAAAACAGCUUAUCGAGGUUCCAGUUUUGAUCCCCUGGGCCAGUCCCGAGGUCCUGCACCUCCUCUGGAAACUAAGAAUGAAGACACGCCUGACGAAAAGAUUAGACAAUUAGAGAAAAAAGUGAAUGAAUUAAUAGAAGAAAGCUGUAUUGCCAACAGUAACGGAGAUUUAAAUCUGGCCCUGGAAAAAGCUAAGGAAGCUGGGAAGAAGGAGAGAGCUUUGGUGAGACAGCGAGAACAAGUCUUGUCCCCAGAGAACAUUAAUUUGGACCUUACGUAUUCGGUGCUGCUAAACCUGGCCACCCAGUACUCCGCCAAUGAAAUGUAUUCAGAAGCACUCAGCACCUACCAAGUGAUUGUGAGAAAUAAAAUGUUCAGCAAUGCAGGCCGCCUGAAGGUGAACAUGGCAAACAUUUAUUUAAAACAGAAAAAUCACUCUAAAGCCAUCAAAUUUUAUCGUAUGGCUCUUGAUCAAAUCCCAGGUGCCCAUAAGGAGAUGAGGAUCAAGAUCAUGCAGAACAUUGGGGUGACAUUUGUCAGGACCGGCCAGUAUGCGGAUGCUAUCAACUCAUUUGAGCACAUCAUGAGCGAGUCUCCGAAUCUCAGUGCCGGCUUAAAUUUAAUCCUUUGUUACUUUGCCAUUGGGGACAGAGAUAAAAUGAAAAAAGCAUUCCAAAAACUGAUUGCAGUACCGCUAGGAAUUGACGAUGAAGACAAGUAUGUUUCCCACAGUGACGAUCCUCACACAAACUUAGUGAUGGAAGCUAUUAAAAAUGACAGUCUUCAUCAAAUGGAACGCGAAAGAAAAGCAGUGGCUGAAAAAUACAUUAUGACGGCAGCAAAGCUGAUUGCACCAGUUAUCGAAACCUCUUUUGAUGUCGGCUACGACUGGUGUGUGGAAGUUGUCAAGACAUCGCCGUAUGUGGAAUUGGCAAAUGAUUUGGAGAUCAACAAAGCCAUUACCUACCUGAGGCAGAAGAACUUUACACAGGCUGUAGAAACCUUACAAAUGUUUGAGAAAAAAGACAGUAGAGUAAAGAGUGCUGCAGCGACCAAUCUUUCCUUCCUCUUCUUCCUGAAAAACGAGCCCUCCCAGGCGGACCUGUAUGCGGAUUUAGCCGUAUCCGCCGAUCGCUACAACCCAUCAGCACUAACCAAUAAAGGCAAUGCUGUGUUUGUAGGCGGAGACUAUGAAAGAGCAGCUGAAUAUUAUAGAGAAGCUCUGAGGAACGAUUCGUCCUGCACGGAGGCGCUGUAUAACAUUGGUUUAACAUACAAGAAAUUAAAUCGCCUGGAGGAAGCUCUGGAUUUCUUUCUUAAGCUCCACGCCAUCCUCAGGAACAGUGCCCAGGUUCUCAGUCAGAUAGCAGACAUAUAUGAAAUGCUUGAGGAUCCUAACCAGGCAAUUGAAUGGCUCAUGCAGCUUAUCAGCAUCGUACCUACGGACUCACGUGCCCUUGCUAAACUUGGAGAGUUAUAUGAUAUGGAGGGUGACAAGUCACAAGCUUUCCAGUACUACAGUGAGUCCUAUCGCUAUUUCCCCUCAAACAUUGAAGUCAUUGAAUGGCUGGGAGCCUACUACAUUGAGACACAGUUUUGCGAAAAAGCCAUUAGGUACUUUGAAAGAGCUGCUCUUAUUACACCGAAUCAGGUGAAGUGGCAGCUGAUGGUGGCGAGCUGCUAUAGAAGAAGUGGUAACUAUCAAAAAGCCCUUGAUAAAUAUAAGGAUAUUCACCGGAAAUUCCCGGAUAAUGUUGAAUGCCUGCGGUACCUGGUGCGGCUGUGCACAGAUACUGGGUUGAAGGAAGUGCAAGAAUAUGCAACAAAGUUGAAGAAGGUUGAGAAAAUGAAGGAAUUAAAGGAACAGCGGGUAAGAUCUGGCAGAGACGGGAGCGGCCGUAGUCGGAGAGAUGGCAGAGAGGGCAGCGCAAGCAGUGACAGUGGGCAGAGCAGUGGAACCAGUGCUAAAGGAGAACGUCUUAGUGCUAAACUGAAAACCCUACCAGGAGCCAAUGACCCCUAUGAGACCAGCGCUAAUAGAGAUAUCGAUGUUUCAUAUGUAGACCCUCUGGGCCCCCAGAUAGAGAGACCGAAAACUGCUGCACGGAAACGAGUGGAAGAGGAAGAGUUUGCAGAUGAAGAAUUAGGAGAUGACCUUCUCCCUGAAUAAUUAGUUAAUGAUUAACUUAUGUUUGUGCCUGUUACGGUUCUGUAUCUCGUGAUCCUGAAUUUGUGACUUAAUAGAUUUAUACUUGUUUACUACACUUCUAUUGUAAAUGCUGGACAUUAAAUAUUUAUGUAUGUCAAGAUACCACAAAUUUGUUGUACAGUGUGACAUUAAAAAAGAUUCUGUCACUUU